UCGUAAAAAAACAAGAUGGCGGUGGCAAUGGUAAGAUGUGUUAUCCAAGGUUUGUGGAGAAAACAGGUUUUAACAGCAAGAAUUUGUACAAGUUUAACAGCUCAACCAGCAUGUUUAUUUUCAAGUGAAUCAGGUAGUGGAGAGCCAAAGCUUUGUCAAGGUAUAAAUUACUUAAAGGAUGGAUCUGACCCAGCUCUGUUACCAGACAAUGAAUAUCCUGACUGGCUAUGGGAAGUUCUUCAACCAAAACAACCAGUGGACGAAGAGCCAGAUGACUUAAACAACAAAACUUAUUGGAGAAGAUUAAGAAAGAUAAAACUAAGACAGGCAAAUGCUGCCAGGAAGAAAAGGAAGUGAACCUAAUUUUGUGAUAAAAAGAUGAAAAUUACCAGCCACCAAGAGGUGAUUUCAGGUUUCAGCAAACUGUAAAUGCAAAACUUGAUCAGAAACAACAGCUUUAACUAGUCAACUUAGUUUAACACCUUAACCCCUCAGAUUGACAGGCUUCUAAUAUCUCUGUACAGUAUCUCUGUAUCUCUGUACAGUAUCUCUGUAAGGUAUCAUCCUCAAGUCAAAAAUAAAGGUCAUGAUUAAAAGCCACGGUACAGACCUGAA